AUGAAACGAAAACAAAACCAUACGCUUACCUUCCAGCCUCGGUACGCGAUACCCAAUACCACCAUUCAUACGGGAAAAGCGUCAUGGGUUACGAUACAGCAACUGAGACUGGUCUACGAGGCAGAAAAGACCGUUGACUGUCCUAUAACAGUCGACCACUUCUUCAGCCAGUUGCACCAGCUCUCCAGUCGAGCCGUGUCCGUCAGCUCUCGCUUCGACGUCCUCCCCUUUCGACGUUUGUUAACUCAAACGGCGAAUUCCCCCCCGCCCCUAUCCGACUACCGGUGCCCUAUCCGUGACAUCGACGGAUAG